AUGCCGUCCAACGAACCUGUCCCAAAGACGGAUCUGGAAGUUACUGAGGAGCCGGCGAUUCCCAGUAAAGAUAAGCAAGAUGACGAUUCGGUCGACAGCAGAAAGCCCCCGCCGCUGCUGGCCAAAUUGCUUGCGGUGUUCCUCAUCUCGUGUAUCAGCUUCGCAUCGCACUGGAGUUCGGGUGUUACGGGGGCCAUGAAGAGCACACUGAAAAAGGUUUUACGAAUCGAUAUGGACCUUCACAUUUCCAAUACCCAGUUUUCUCUUCUCGAGGCUAGUGAGGACUUCAUGGCGACGCUGUUGCUUCUUCCGAGCGGUGUUAUCACAGAUCGGGUGGGAGGCGCUGCAAUGAUCAUCUCCGGUACGGCCGUUUAUACCCUUGGAUCGAUUCUCGUCGCCGCCGCAACGACAGUCCGAUCGUUCAAUUUCAUGAUUGGUGGACGCGUCAUUCUCGCCUUGGGAGAUAUUGCGACCCAGAUCGCCCAAUACAAGAUGUUCUCUUCUUGGUUCCCGCCGAGUAGAGGGUUUGCGUCCACUCUCGGGUUUGAACUGGCCAUUGGAAAGAACACUGGAAACUUUGCGUGGGUAUUCUGGACCUCUGUGUUCAUGAAUCUCUUUGGGAACGCUGCUACCGUGGUGUUCUGGGCAUUCAACAGAUACUGCAACAACCACUAUCGAGGACGCCAGGAUACGGCUACAGGCGAGACUCUCACGGAGAAAAAUAAGAAGUUUGAGUUUCGGAAGAUCUUCCAACUUCCAUGGAUGUUUUGGUCGGUCAUGGCGUUUUCCAUAUUCCAGACUAGUACCGCGCUGGUCUUCAGCCAGAACUCCACCGAGCUGGCGGAGAAGCGAUUCAAUGUCAGCUCAAUCACGGCAGGCUGGUACAGUGCUCUGGCUCAAUACGCUGGUAAGGAAUAUCAAUCCUAUUGUGCGAUGCGUGCUUAUGCAAGCCAAUUGGCAGGUUUCUUUUUGGUGCCGUUUCUGGGUAUCUUCAUCGAUAUCUUCGGACAUCGCGCCACAGUCAUGUUGGUCUGCGGAACGGGCGUGUUCCUCAGCAUGGUUCUCGUAAACUUUGCCAGUACCUCUGCUGGGACCGCUGCGUCCUUUGGCAUCUAUGCUAUCGCAAGCACCCUGGGGCCAACCUCAAUCAUUGACAGCAUCCGGACGACAUUAUGGAACCAGUCAGUCUUUGGAUCCGCUUAUGCACUGAAGGUCACCAUGAAUAAUGCCAUGAGCAUCAUCAUCCGAAUCAUCACAGGAGCCCUCCAAGACGCGGAUAAUGACUCCUACCGCCGAGUGGUGAGGGUAUACCUCUUCCUCGCGGUGGGAUCUGUAGUCGUCGGUCUGGCCAUCUUUGUGGGAGCCCAGUUCAGUCCCAACCUGGCUCCGUUGCAGUGGACGCGAAAGCAACGCAUCAUAAGAGGUGGUGAACUCUUUGCCCUUCUUCGCGAAAAGCACCUUGUGACUCAUGAACGACGGAGCUGGUGGAUUUCGAUAUGCUGUUUCAGUUUCCUUAUGCUCCUGACUCUGGGAAGCUGGGCUGCAUAUAUUUGGGGCGCGGUGACUGGACACAAUUCGUAG